AUGGGUGCCUUUGUUGUUUUUUGGUGCGAACGAACUCGAGAUGCAGUUCUUGGUCAAUACGGUUGGUCUCGCUCUUGGUGCUGCCGAGCUUGCUGUCAGCCCCGACGCUUGCGCCUGAAGUUGCCCUUCGAGGAGAGUAGCGACAAUUCCGAGGGUCCACCAGAUGAAGAAGAGAUUGCAUUUCCGCUGGUUGUGGAACCUACUCAGGACCCAAGUCUGCAGCUCUGGCAGAACAUGGAUGUGAAACCUCUGCUCCGAACUGCUCGGAGCUGCGUCAUGGGCGCGUGUCGCCUGAUGGUGAUGAUCAUCAUUUUCUUUGCGCAGACCUUGGAAAGAUGCGCAGCGUGUGACUUCUGCUAA